GGGUGGUCCGUUCUUUUCGUAUGUCUUUUCUUUCUUUCACUUUCUUUUUUCUCUCCUGUUCGUUUUUGAGAAACCAGGCGGGAGGCGAGGCCGUUUUGGGUACCAGACCGUUGGGUAGUAGGAUGGGAAGGAGUCCCCGCGUUAUACGAGGAGUAUCCCGCAGUACACUGCCAGGCCGGGUUGUACCAGGUGUUAAUGCGUAUGCACAGGAGGAGACGGGGAAGCUGUGGGUUGGUUGGAAUGGACUGAGGUCGAUUAGUGAGAGAAGCUCGUACUUCGGUGGCGACAACGAUGUGGAGAGAGUAGUCGGUGGUGGGCCUCGUGUGCUGUUAAUCUCGGCAAGUCAGCCUGGCUGUGCCACUCGCUAUGGAGACUAUGUCACGAUGCGUGCUCUCAAGAACAAAAUGGACUAUGCUAAUCGACAUGGGAUGGAUGUCGCAUUUGCUCUUGAAAAGCACGUCAGCGGUGGUCAUCGUGUAGAUGGCCUGCAUAAUAAGAUCUCAGUCAUCAAUAGAACUAUUGCUUCUCGCCCGGAUUAUGACUGGUAUGUCUGGAUGGACUCAGACACCAUCAUUGCCGACAUGGACUUUGAAAUUCCGUGGUCAAACUAUGUGGACAGAAGCCUGGUCAUCUGGGGGACGCAUACAGACUUCAACAAGGUAGUUGAAGAGUCAUCCUACCUGUCUAUUAACUCUGGGGUUGUCUUUUUCCGCAACACCCCCGUGAUUCAAUCUCUAUUCCACUCCCUGAAAACGAUCUGGGCCGCAGGUUUUGACAGUGCCUAUCUCACUCUGUCAAGGGUGGUUUUGGGCAUGCCUCCAUACGCAAGCGAUCAGUCAACGCUCAUGUACUUGCUCGCCACUCAGCCUGGGAAAUGGCGAAACGAGGUUCAAUUCGUCUCCUACGAGUAUGCAAUUAACCUGUAUUGGAGGGACCCAAAUGUCAGCUCUUACACCAAGACCAGCUGGGUGGGGGAUGGAGUGACCCCUCCCUUUGUUGUUCAUUUCUGCGGUUGCGAGCUGUGCUGGACAGAAAACGAGCACUCACCCGAGUGCCUCGCGGCAUUUGACAAAGUGUAUAACUUUGCCGAUGACCAGGUAUUAGCUCAAGCGGGCUUGCGUCAUGUCAACCUGAGCUCGCCAUUUGUCAUUGACAUCAACAGAUCGACCUCACUUUAAUAUUCAACUCGUUGUUUGCAUCUCCUCCUCUUUCCCCUCCUCGUCAUCGUCAUCAUCUUCAUCAGCAUCAUCAUCGAGCUGCCGUGUAU